AUGCUGUUUACCUGGACUGCCAGCUGUCACUGCACGCGUCCACCAGGUAAAAAUGGAAUGCCAGGAAGACCGGGAGCACCAGGAGCACCAGGCUUCCCUGGAAGACCACCGGCAGUGUGCGAAGAAGUGACGGCGCCACCGUGCAAUCCAUGUCCUCCUGGAGAACCUGGACCUCCUGGACCACCUGGUGAUGCGGGCAACCCUGGCCAACCUGGCCAUCCAGGACGCAAUGGAAACGAUGGAUCUCCUGGGCCACAAGGACCACCUGGACCUCCUGGACCACCGGGAGAAAAUGGAAGGGACGGAGCACGUGGAGAACCUGGACGCCCUGCCUUCAGCACGCCCGCGAUCCCUGGAGACCCUGGAACACCCGGAGAACCUGGACCACCUGGACUUCCUGGAGAUGCUGGACAAAGCGGUCGACCUGGAGCUGACGGACUUAUGGGUCCACAAGGCCCUCCUGGCCCACCAGGCCCUCAAGGACCACCUGGAGAAACGGGACCUCCUGGACAAGCUGGACAACCCGGACCACAAGGAGAACGAGGUAUUUGCCCGAAAUAUUGCGCAUUGGACGGAGGUGUGUUCUUCGAGGACGGAACUCGAAGAUAA